AUGGAAGGAUAGGACAUGUUUGUUACGCAAACCUUAUAGAAUUUGCAAGAAAAUGACUCGUUGGGAGUAACUAUGAAUCAAUAGAGCAGCUAAUCAUUUCAUGGAAAUUUUCAAACAAAUCCUUAAUAUUUUAUACGAUUAUAUGAAAAUAAAGUGAAAGAAUGUUAGCUAAAAAUUAAUAUGGACUCACCUCGCACGAGAAGCGCUAUCAUAAUUUUAAAAAUGCCUACAGAUAAAUAUACUUUGAAAAACUACGCUUACUUUGAAAAAAUGCAUAACUACGAGGAAAAAUAAGCUAAAAUAAAGUAAAGUAUUUAAAGUAGUAACUCAAUUAAAUCUAAUCCAUAAAACGAUUACAUGUAACAUUUGAUUAACGUUCAUGCUAAUCUAGAAUAAAUUAUACAUGAAAGACACAGAUUAGUAAAAUAAGAAAAUGCUCGACUCAGGAAAACAGCAGAAGGAUGUUCAAGAUAGAGUUUGUAAAGAUAGGCUUUUUCAGGAGAUUUGGAAUAAAAGAAUUCUAAAUACCAAUUAAGUAAACUAAAUAUAGAGCAUCAAUUUGAUAAAGUUAACUUGAGAAAUGAUAAAGAAUAUAAUAUCUAAGAAUUUGAAAUGAAUAACGAACUCAAAAAGGAGCUUUUAAUGAGAAAAACAAUGAUUGAUUCUUAAAUGUCUCUUGAAAGGGCAAAUAGUAAAAAACAAAAAUUUUUAAAUGAGAAACUGAUGCAAGUUAAAAGACAAAAUUAGAAGGUGGCUUACAAACAAAAGAAAAUAAAAAUUGAAAAUUCAAGGAAGAUUAAAGAUCAGAUGGGCAAAAUUGUAAAAAUGUAUUAAGAAUAAGAUGAUAUUUAAAAGAAGGUUGAAGAAAUAAAAUUUAAGAGAUUCUAAGACCUAGCAAACGCUUCUUUCCAUGAGAAAGGCAUGAUGGCAAAAUAAAAAAAUUAGCUAGUUCAAGAAAAACUACAUCAAAGAAGUUAAGAGUUACAGAACUAUUUUCAGUUGAGAGACCAACAUGUACUCAAUUUGAUGAGUGACUACUGGAGUAGAAAAACAACGUAAAUUUAAGAUUAGAACUAGUAAAAGCAAGAAAAAUCGGAGAUAGCCUAGAAAAUAUAAAAAGAAAGAGAAUCUUUAAUAUUAUAAAAGGUUAUAUAGAACUAUGAAUCUCAUAGCCACAACAAAGAAACAAAACCCAAAAAAUAACCAAAAAAUAAUAGCUCAUAAAAUUAAGAAGAAGAAAAACCUCUAACUUUUUAAGAAAAAGUGAAACAGAAUCUAGAGAAACAGAAAUAAAAUAAGAGCUUGUUGAUGAAAAGUGAAAUAUAACAAAUUGAAUAGUUAAAUAGCUAAUGGAAUAAAAAAAUUGACCAGGCUGCGAAACGUUAAGAAGAACUUUAAGAUUAUAUCAAAGAAAGACAAAAUAUUAAGAGCUAGUCAAUGCAAAGAAAUAAUUUUAACUUCUAGAGCAUCUUCCAAUCUACUUAAGAAAAAUGGGACAAGCUCUUAGAUAAACAGAAAAAAGCAUAGGAAAAGAUUUAAAAAGAAAAGCAAGAAAAAGAGUUGCUUCGCACUUUCUCAAUGCAAAGCACACUACAGAUUUAGUAUGAAAAAGAAAAGAGGUCAAAAUAACUAUAAAAACUUUAGAAAUUAACACCGAAAUAAUUUAUUUAGUAACUAAAAAUGAAAAAAUUUGAAGUAAGUUAAGAAGAAAUGGCUAAAUACUUUCCAGAGGCAGUUGUUAAAGAAAAUUAAAACAACGAAGACGCAGAAUGA